AUGAACCUGUCGCAACUCCUCUCCACGGCUUUUGCCGCCGCUCUGCUCUGCUCUGUGGGAGCUUAUGACAUUCAGUACGACAAGGUCCACUCGUUUGCUCAGCCCAAGCCAGCCACCACGAGUCUCGAGUUUGAAGACGGCACGUGCCGCCCGUACCCUGCUGUCAAUGCCGCUGGAGAUACCAGCAGAGGGUUGGAAUAUGGCGACACGGGGGUUGAAAGCUGCCAGGGGUCAAGUCUGGGCUCGCAAGUGUAUGGCCGGGCUGCUUGGCACAACGACCUCUGGGCUAUCAUGUACGUGUGGUACUUCCCCAAGGACUCGGGUGAGACGGACAGCCGACACAAGUGGACUGCUGCAGUUGUGUGGCUUGACAACCCUGCUGUCGAGAAGCCGAAGAUAGUCGCCGUGUCAACCAUUGGGCGUGGAGGAGUGUAUGAAGUCGCGACGAGUGGCUCCGACGAGUACCGCAACACGGAAUGCUACACUUUCGAGGAUAAACUCAACGGCACGCACCCCAUGCUCCUCUUCACGAGCGACUACACGUCUAGCGGGGUGGAGUUGACUUCCGACGGCAAAUGGGGCGAGUUCCAGGACCUCAUUAUGUGGGAGCAAAUGACUGAGGAGGCGCGUGAAGGUAUCAGUGAAGCGCAUUUUGCAGCCCCCAUCAUCGACGAAGCCUUCAAACCAAACCUCGAGUCGGCUAGCCCGUACUGA